AUGAAAACGUACUUACAGUCCAUCGUUCCAGGUUAUGGUCUUUGUGCAGCAAAAGCUCAGUAUCCUAUUGCUGAUCUUGUCAAGACAAUGUCUGAGCAGGGCAAGAAAGUCAGGUUUGGAAUCCACCCUGUGGCUGGUCGUAUGCCAGGCCAACUGAACGUUCUGCUGGCUGAAGCUGGUGUGCCUUAUGAUGUUGUGCUGGAGAUGGAUGAGAUCAAUCAUGACUUCCCUGAAACUGACCUGGUCUUGGUAAUUGGAGCUAAUGACACAGUCAACUCAGCGGCCCAGGAGGACCCCAACUCCAUCAUUGCUGGCAUGCCUGUUUUGGAGGUCUGGAAGUCCAAGCAGGUCAUCGUAAUGAAAAGAUCUCUGGGAGUUGGCUACGCUGCUGUGGACAACCCUAUCUUCUACAAACCAAACACAUCCAUGCUUUUGGGAGAUGCCAAGAAGACUUGUGAUGCUCUGUCUGCCAAGGUCCGUGAGGGCUAGAGAGGAAAGAGAAGAUCUGACCUUGCUUUGCACCAGAUGAGUCACGGAGAUGAGGAGAUCGAACAAACCCAAUAAACCCUUGGAUAUAAAUUAGCACUAAUAGGAACAAGCUCUUAAUGACACUCUAUGCCCAUUUCGAUUUUGCUGUAGAUAUAGGUAGUUUAUUUAGUAUUUCCAGAACUUUUGUUUUUCUUUUCAUUAAAUGUUCUUCUUUUGGUCCCCCAUUUAAAUAAAGGAAAAAAAGCAUUACAGCAUCACAUUAAUUAGCAUUAAUAAAGCAAGCUAACCAGUUAUCAUCUGGCUUUGUAUGUAUUAUAGAUCCGGUUUUAUAUAGCACAGCAAUCUGUUUAAAAAAAAA